AUGGCCGGAGAAUCGGAAAACUUCUCCACAGUCGCAACCGAUGAAAGCACCGAGCACGGAUUCGAGCGGCCGGAGAUGUACCAGAGCAACCUAUCUGGCACCGUUGACCACUACGACCGCCACUUGUUCCUUUCCUACAAGACUCACGACUCGUGGCCUUCUCGCGUUGAGGAUUCUGACUCCGAUCCGCUUCCCAAGCUCCUCUCCUCCGCUCUUAAAUCUCGCAAAAACGACAUCGCUGUUAAGACUCGGCUGACCAUAUGCGAGGGAGGUGAUGACCUAGAGUUGUCGGAUGGAGAUGUUUUGGUUUUCCCUGAAAUGAUUAUAUACAGGAGCUUGAAGGACUCUGAUGUGGAUGGUUUUGUUGAGGAUGUGCUAGUGAAUGGAAAACCCUGGGCAUCAGGAGUGCAGGAGGCUUUGACUGGCACCUAUGUGUUUGUCUGUGCUCAUAAUAAUCGUGACAGACGGUGUGGUGUCUGUGGACAUGUUCUGAUUGAGAAAUUCAAAGAGGAUAUUGAAUCCAAGGGUUUACAGAAUCAGGUGGUUGUUACUGCUUGUUCGCAUGUUGGAGGCCACAAGUAUGCGGGGAAUGUGAUUAUUUUCAGUGCUGAUGCUGAAGGAAAAAUUUCUGGCAAUUGGUAUGGUUAUGUCACCCCCAAUGAUGUGCCUGAAUUGAUUGAUCAACAGAUUGGGAAGGGAGAGAUCAUUGAACGAAUCUGGAGGGGCCGAAUGGGUACACCUGUCGAGAAAACUGAAAAAGUUGAAGAACCUAAGCUUGCAAAUGGAACGAGUCUUAACAAUAAUGAUAAGCAACCUCAAGAAAGAGGUACCGAAGAGAAGGACAGUGUGGGAAGCUGUUGCCAAGGUGCUAAUGGAUUCUCAUGUUGCAGAGAUGAGAAUUUUAAGGAGAAGCCUGUGAAGAAGGGGUCAGGCGGACUCUCAUGCCGGACAGGAAAAUGGGAUCAGCAUGAAAUUCUGACAGCCGUUGUUGUUGGUGGUGCAGUGGCUACUAUUGCCGUGGCUUAUGGAUUAUAUCGAAGGUCGAGGUGA